AUGAAGACACUGCGCUUUCUUGCUGCUGAAGGCUUCAUUCAGAGUGGGCCGAGUGCUUUGGAGAACCUAAACUCUGUGUCCUUUAACCUCUACCCAAUUCUCUUUAAGGCCUGCUACCUACAUGAGCAGGCUGACCUGCUGCAUGCUUUAGUUCAGGCAUGGCCUCUUCCUGAGCUCAACCUGCAUAGACUCCUGGGAAAGACAAUGGACUGUCAGACGGACCUCACCUCCAGCACCUGCCGCCUUUGUCUGGAAGCCAUUCUAACUGGCCUGAAGGAUUAUGUGCUGUCGCCUCCGAGAACCUACACAAAGAGCCUGCAAGUGGUAGACCUGACUGCCCUGAGAGACAUUGAGCAUCAAACCUGCCCCUGCAAGUCAACCAUGGGUCGAUGGGCAAGAACCCAUCUCCUGACCCAAAUGUGCUAUGAGACCAUGGUAGCCAUGCAAGCCGGUGAUGUGUUGCCCUCUGCAUUUGAAACAUCCAUUGGAGUUCGUCUGAAUGGAUUCGUCACAGGCCGCAACUAUGAGCUGGUGGCUCAGGCCUUCCUCCUCCUCCGCUACUGUCCGCUGAAGCUUCACUUUGUUAGUUUCCGGGCUGAUUCCCUCACUCUCAAGCAGCUGUUCUAUGUUCUUCGCCUUGCAGAGCCUGAGACCAUUGUUAAGCUGGAGGUUGUCCACAAUGUUCCCCUAGAGGCCAUACACUUGGAGGUGCUGCUAUCCCGAGUGGAGUUCCCAAAAUUACAGACUUUGAUCCUGCCGGCCGGUGCGUUGGAUUGGAGGAGGUUGGGCUCUGAUGAUGAGAAUCUGUUGGCCACCAUUGGUAAUCUUCUGGCAAAUCUGAGUAGCCUGACUGAGCUCUAUAUUGGUUUCUCCACCCUUACUGGACACCUGCGCAGACUGCUGAAUCCCCUCAACACUCCACUGCAGUGCUUGGACUUGACUAACUGCUGCCUGAGCCGUGUGGACAUGACGUACCUCUCGAACAGCCUCCACAGUGAAGCCCUGGUCCGCCUGGACAUCAGUGGACAUGAUAUUUUCGACUCUUUUUCCACGUCAUUCCACAAACUGAUCAGCCGCUGCUCUGCCACACUGUCCAGUCUUACCCUUGAGGAAUGUAACAUAAAGGACGAGCACAUGGACGCCUUUACUAAUGUUCUGUCUUGCUGUCAAAUGCUGGAGGAGCUCAAACUCUUGGGAAACCCUUUGACAUCUGCAGCCUUGCGGAGGUUGUUUUCAGUGCUUUCUGCAGGUUUCCCAAAGUUGAAGUACAUAGAGGUACCAGUUCCCCGUGAUUGCUACCCUGAAGAUGUCACGUAUCCGCUUGAUGAUUCAGUCCUGCUGCGCUACAACCAGGAGUUGUUUCAGGAGGUCAGGGAGCAGCUGGUGGGGAUCCUGGAAAGAGCUGGAAGAGGGAGCGUGGAGGUGUGCACCCCACUCAUGGGAGCCUACGACCCGGACAUUAAUGAAACCAGUAACGAGCUGGGAGUAUCCAUGUUAAAAUCUUUUAACAAUGUCAUUGGGAACUUCAUAGGAACCAUAAGUGAUGUGGACAAUCGGAGAUCACAAGCUCAGAAAGAUGAUUAGAGGGUUGUCUGUCCAGAGAUUAGAGAUUUGGAUUGAGUCUGACAGAUUUUUGACAUGAAUCUAGUGAUAUCUGUUAAACUGACCUGAAUCUUUAAACACAACAGACAUGUUUAGACGGGAUUGAACCAUACAGACAAUGUAUUGCUUUAUAGUGUGCAUUUUUGUUAAACUAUAAAAAUGAAUCCAGUGAGCAAUUUUUGACUGAAUAAAAAUUAAAUACAGGUAGUGUAAAUGAAAAAAUACUUUCUACUUCCAAGUGCUUCCUACAGUCUGAAGCAUAAAAAUAUGUGUUGACUGUAGACAGA